GGAAGCUUUUACGGAAGAAACUGUAAAAUUCGUUCCAUGGGGCCAGAGUGUGGACGAAGAAAAAAGAAGAAGAAGAAAAGCCAAAAGCUUCGGUUGCAAGAUCGCUUCAUUGAUUCAUGGAAUCUUUAAACUACUAAAAAUGUGAUGAUUUUUGUUUCAUGGGUCAACUUCUGAUUUUGGAAUUUCUGAGAAAGUUGGGGUUUUGUGUCUUAAUGUGAUAAUGGGAGCAGCUGAAGCAAGAGCAUUGUGGCAAAGAACAGCAAGUCGUUGCUUUAUUGUUCAUGAAGAUGCGAAGAUGGCUCCGAGGUUAGCUUGUUGCCAACACCAACAUUCUUCUUCGGGCAACACCGAAAAAAACAGCUUUUCUUCAGGAAGUUUUGGAGAUUCCUCUGAUUUCUCCUCUUGUGAUACCAAAUGGUGGCUUAAGGGGUCAACUGGAUUUGAUGAGGAGGCUACAAACUCCUUUUUUGAAGAUACCAAAUGCAAGAAAUUGCAAGAAUUUGUCGACUUGAUCGGGAUACAAGAAGAAGGAGACUACAGCUUUAUAAGCAAGAAAGCUGACGCUGACGCUACAACGCCGUGGUGGAGAAGCACGACAGAUAAAGAUGAAUUAGCUCUCUUGGUGGCGACUAAAUCGAUUGAUCAUAAUAUCCAGAAUUGUGAUCUUCCUCCACCUCAGAAACUCCACAAGGGGAUACACUGCACGAGUAGUGAGAAGGGGUUUAAACCAGCGGUGCAAUCGCCAUGGAAACAAGGAGUUUGGAGCGAUCGGUUUGAGAGAUCUUUGAGUUACAAUAGUAGCACAGAGAGCAAGAACACGAGUCCAAUGUCUUCCCCUAGAAAUGAUGAUCUAAGCAAAGCUCAGCUUUUAGAAGCAUUAAGGCAUUCUCAAACCAGAGCAAGAGAAGCAGAGAAAGCAGCAAGAGAAGCUUGCGCUGAGAAAGUCCGUAUGAUAACAAUCUUGUUGAAACAAGCGAGUCAGAUGUUGGCUUAUAAGCAAUGGUUAAAGCUUCUAGAAAUGGAAGCUCUUUAUCUGCAGAUGAAGAAGGAAGAAGAAAAUGAAGAACAGAUCAAAGGAAUGAAUCUUAAGAAGAGGAAGCAAAGAGGGAAGAAGAAGAAAAAGGGUGAGAUUGGGAAAUAUAUGAUGGCUUUUGCAUUAGGGUUUAGUCUCAUUGGUGCUGGUUUGCUCUUAGGUUGGACUGUUGGAUGGUUGUUUCCCUUCUAGAAUCUUGAAAAUGUCUUUUGUUUGAUCACUGAUCUUUUCAAGAGUUUUAGGUUUUAUAACUUUUCACGUUGCCUCUAAAAUUGUGUAUAUGUUGUGUUAAUGUAUUUAUUGUGUGAUAUUUGUGUUAAAUUUAAUCUUCUAUAGAAGUAUAUUUUGG